AUGGAUCACGACGAGAUCUCUCAUGGCCACGAUGGUCGUGCCGAUAAUGAUACUGCUCGUGACGAGAAUCGCGAAGUGAGUCGCGACGAAGAAGAAAAAAUGCAACCCACCGAGCCCUUCGAAGAGAGAGAUAUUAAGGUUGGAUACAUGAAUGAGGCGGACAGGCAAAUUUACGAGAGUGGUAUUCAGAAGUUCAGUCGUCUGGGCUGGAAGCGCCUCACGGUUGUGCUUAUAGUUGAAGCGAUUGCGUUGGGGAGCUUGUCUAUUCCCUCCACCUUUGCGACUCUUGGCAUGGUUGCUGGUGUGAUCUGCACAGUCGGCCUUGGUCUGGUCGCGAUCUAUACCAGUUGGAUUAUUGGAAAGGUCAAGCUGGCGUUCCCUGAGGUUGCACACUAUGCCGAUGUGGGUCGAUUGAUGGGUGCACGUUUAGGAUGUCCUCGCUUUGGCUUCGAAUUAAUUAAUCUAAUGCUGGCCGUUCAAUUGCUUUUCCUUACUGGAUCUCACUGUCUGACUGGUACAAUUGCAUUCCUGAAUAUUACCAAAAGUGAUGUGUGUUCAGUGGUAUUCGGAGUCGUCUCUGCGGUGAUCCUGCUCCUACUCGCCGUUCCUCCUAGCUUCACCGAAAUGGCCGUGCUAGGCUAUAUCGACUUUGCAUCUAUCAUCAUCGCCAUUGGUAUUACCAUCAUUGCCACUGGCGUGGAUGCAAGCAAUGCUCCUGGCGGACUUGCGGCCGUGAAUUGGUCGGCAUGGCCCAAGGAAGGAAUCUCAUUCUAUGAAGCCUUUGUCUCGGUGACAAAUAUAGUUUUCGCCUAUAGCUUCGCGCUCUGCCAGUUCUCCUUUAUGGACGAAAUGCACACACCCCGGGACUAUGUUAAGUCUAUCUGGGCCUUGGGUAUCAUCGAAAUUGUUAUCUAUACCCUUACCGGCGCUCUGAUCUACGCUUUCGUCGGCCAGGAUGUUCAGAGCCCUGCCCUGCUAUCAGCGGGUAGUCUGCUGAAGCGUGUUGCAUUUGGUAUUGCAUUGCCAGUGAUUUUCAUCAGUGGCUCCAUAAACACAGUCGUUUUCGGUCGUCUUGUUCAUGGCCGUAUUUUCGCCAACUCUCAACUCCGGUUUAUCAACACACCAAUGGGCUGGAUAACGUGGCUGGCGGUUAUCGCCGCUGGUACGGUUAUUGCUUUCAUUAUUGCUGAAGUGAUUCCCUUCUUCAAUGACCUGCUUUCGAUUUCAUCGUCGCUCUUCAUUUCUGGGUUCACCUUCUACUUUCCACCGAUGAUGUGGGUCCUGCUCCUUAAGAAGGGCAGCUGGAGAGAGCCCAAAAACAUCAUACUUGGGGUGGUCAACCUCUUUGUUUUCAUCAUCGGAAUCGUAACUCUGGCCGCGGGAACAUACGCUAGUAUUGCUGAUAUUAUCAGCAAAUAUGAUGCUGGCACUGUGCAUGGUGUCUUCACCUGUGGCUCACCGGAGUAG